AUGAACGAUCUGCACCCCUUAGGACCUCCACCCUCCUGCUACUUUACAUUACCUGUGUCCACCUCCCAUUAUUCGGACGAAACACCUCAGCCAUCACCUUACUCUGAAUACUCCUCAGACACAUGGGCCAGCCCUACGAAUCCACUUUUAGCCCAUAGAUCAUUACCUAUGGCGAGCCCUGGUGCCGACCCUUCACGUCUGCUGCAACUGCAAACCCAAGCUGCCCAUCGACCUUCUACACAGCCACUCCAGCCUGUCGGCAGCCCUUCGCCGAGCAACUCCAACUCUAGCAUGUCGUCCCAGCGCAGCAGCAUCUCCGGUUCUCCAUCAAACCCACUCUGCUGCUGCCGUUGCCGCCGCGAGUCUCACGGUCACUCCGGCAUGUUCCAGUUUGGCACCAAUCUUUACUACUGCAGCCACUGCGCCAAGAUGGUUGGCUACAGUGCUGGUUGA